AUGGAGUUGACAGACACGCACCUGUGUCAAGCUGACACGAAGACCGCCUUGCUCACCUCAACCACCCCCUUGGAUGAAGAAACCCUUACCAAUGCUCAUGCCACCUCAUCCACAACUGGCGAAGAGAACCUGCCUCUCGGCCAGGCCAUCCGAAGAUAUCCCAAGGUUGUGGGCUACUGCUUAGCCCUCACCAUCAUCGUUGUCGGGUGGGGAUAUGACCUAGUGCUCAUCGGUGCUAUCGUUGCCGUGGACCCUUUUCAGCGGGAUUACGGGGAGAUUUUUGAGGGUAAACAGAUUAUCCCAUAUCUAUGGCUAUCCCUUUGGAAUGCUGCCAAUCCGAUGGGCAUGGCCAUCGGGUCUCUCUUUGGUGGAUGGCUUCAAGACCGGAUCGGCCGUCGUCUGAGUCUCAUGGUUGGAAGUUUCAUCUGUGCAGCUGGUGUCACCGUCAUAUUCUUCUCACAUCUCGCGACCACUAUCACGGCUAUGCGAGCCGUAUUCUUCAUCGGCAAGGUUGUCCAGGGUGUUUCCAUUGGCAGCCUCAAGAUUACCGCGUUGGCGUACAUGUCCGAAAUAUCGCCGACUGCUCUUCGCGGCUCAAUCAUGGCUCUGAUCCCCACUGGCAACCUUUUGGGCCAGCUACUCGGAGCCAUCGUUGCAUAUGUCAUCAACGAUGUGGAGGGGAACAAAGGUUACCUCGCAGCCUUCGGCUCUCAGUGGGUUCUGGCCGUCGUUCCUUUUGUUCUAUUCUUCUUCAUACCCGAAAGCCCAGUUUAUCUUGAGGAGAAAUGUCGGUCGGAGCUGGCUCUCAAAUCAGCUACUCGACUAUACGCCCCCAAGGCCGAUGCAAUAACAGCGCUAGAUGCCAUCCGACACAACAUUAUCGAGGAGAAGGCCGCUAGUGCUGAUGCAAGCUACAUCACCUGCUUCCGCGGCGCAAAUGCGCGGCGUACUUGGAUUGUCAUCCUCGCAAACCUCCUUCCCGCUCUCUUUGGACUGGACCUCCUAGGCAAGUCAAGUUACUUCCUCCAAGUCAUCGGUAUGGACUCGGGCCGCAGUUUGAUGAUUCUUAUUGGAGGCAUCGUAGCCGGGACCGUCGCAAACGGUAUCGGUAUUUGGAUCCUAUCGAGAGUCGGGCGGCGAAAGGUGACCAUCAUCUCCCUCGGCGGUGCAGCUAUUCUCUGGGGCUCUGCUGGCGUCUCUGGAUUCUGGAACACCCCUGCCGUCCCGUAUGUUGUCGCCGGCCUUCUCAUUGCUGUCAUCGUGGCCUGCGGUAUGGGUUGCUGGCCAGCGGCAUACGCCAUCAUGGGCGAGGCGAGUUCCCUGCGGUUACGUGCAAAGACACAGGGUCUUGGUGGCGUUGCCCAGCAAGCCUCAUCUGUGGCGAUGAGCUUCGCUAUCCCCUACGCUUUCAAUCCGGAUGCCGGAGAUCUUGGCGCCAAGUCAGCUUUUGUCUACACCGGCACUUGUUUGAUUGCCGUCGCGUUGUGCUGGUUCGCGCUGCCGGAGAUGAAGGGGAGGACGCCUGCGGAAAUCGACACAAUGUUUAGCAUUCGGCUCCCUACGAGGAAAUUCAAGGGCUGGAGGGGAGACUCAUUCUCGAAGAUGGCUAAUCUACCUACGCUCGUCUUUAUCCCCGGCUCGUGGCAUAAGCCCAUAUGCUAUGACAAGAUCAUUAAACUCCUCCGAGAGAAGCACAAGUUGAGAUGCGUCGCGAUCACUCUCCCUUCGACGACAGGGAACCCAGACGCGACCUUCAAAGAUGAUAUCGAUGCUGCCCGCGCCGCAAUUUCCAGCGAAACGUCCCGGGGACGCGACGUGGUAGUCAUUGCUCACUCCUUUGGCGGCAUGAUUGGAAACAGCGCGGUCAAGGGUUUCACGCGACCAAAGGAUACCCCAGCGAGCAGCGCUGCUCCGACAUCAGGCUCGAACAGCGCUCAACAGGUUGAGCAAUCUCAAUCGCCGCCAACAACGGGCUAUGUCGUCGGAAUCAUCCUCAUAGCCUCUGGCUAUACCAUGACAGGGGUAGCCUUUAUGGACCCCGCCUUCGGCCAUCCGCCUCCAGCCUGGCGCGUCAACAAGGAGACUGGAUUUGCCGAUAUCGUCACUCCUCCCCGUGAGCUAUUCUAUCACGAUCUGCCAGAUGAUGAGGCGAAUUACUGGGUCUCUCAGCUCACCCCCCAGAGCCUUAAAACGUUAUUUGAGGGGAGAGAAUACGCAUAUGCCGGUUGGCUCGAUGUACCCUCAUGGUACAUUGGCACCAUCGAAGAUCGGGGUUUGCCAGUGGUGUUACAGCGGGUCCAGCUAGCCAUGGCGAGGGAAAUGGGGGGCAAGAUAGUGCAUAGGGAGAUGCAGACAAGUCAUUCGCCAUUUUUGAGUCAGCCCGAGCAGACGGUAGGGCUGAUAGUUGACGCUGUCGAGGCGUUUACCGGGGAGACGGUGGCAAAAGAACCUGCGGGUGUACGAAAUGAGGUUGCCCUGCCGGAGAUCAGAGUCCUGCAGCCUCUUACCUGGUUUAAAUAUGGGCUGCCCUACUUUUUUGGCCGCAUCAUAGGAAGAAGCAUUCUUAUCGUUGGCUGGGUUAGGAGGUUGUUUAGAUCUGCAUAA